CUUUCAUAUAAUUAAUAAGAAUUUCUUCGAAGGUCAAAAUUAACUCAAAUUCUAAGCUAAACAAUUUCAUAACUUAUCUGCCAUUAAGAAAAUUAAAAUAUAUAACAAACAACUUAUAUUGUAACAUUUGCAAGUUAACGAUAUUGAAGUGUUUUGGUAAAUAUUAUUUUAUACCUUCUGGGUUACAUUCUAUUUCAUAAAACAGAAUGGCAAACAUGGCAGUUUCACGUAUAAAGCGAGAAUUCAAAGAAGUUAUGAGGAGUGAAGAAAUUGUGCAAUGCUCUAUUAAAAUCGAAUUAAUCAACGACAGCUGGACAGAAUUGCGUGGCGAAAUUGCUGGCCCACCAGAUACUCCAUAUGAGGGUGGAAAAUUUAUCUUAGAGAUAAAAGUUCCGGAAACAUAUCCAUUUAAUCCACCAAAAGUACGGUUUAUUACGAAAAUUUGGCAUCCAAAUAUAUCAUCAGUAACUGGUGCAAUUUGCUUGGACAUUUUGAAAGAUAAUUGGGCCGCCGCAAUGACCUUGCGGACUGUGUUACUCUCACUUCAAGCUUUGUUAGCUGCAGCGGAGCCGGAUGAUCCCCAAGAUGCAGUCGUAGCAUAUCAAUAUAAAGACAAAUACCCGUUAUUUCUCAUGACUGCUAAGCAUUGGACAAAUGUAUAUGCUGGAGGUCCACACAAAUUUACAGAAUGUGAUUUAAAAAUUCAACGUUUAAAGGAUAUGGGUAUUGAUGAGCAUGAUGCGCGAGCGGUUUUAUCAAAAGAGAAUUGGGAUUUAGAAAAGGCGACUGAAAGCUUGUUUAGUUAGCUUCCAUAAAUGUAUUGUAUAAUAACUGGAAAUUAAGAAUUUGUCAAAAAUAUUGUUUAAAUAGGUUUGAUAUUUAUUUAAAAAAUAAUUAUUAAUAUAAUUGAAAAUUUUCGCUUUAUUAUUGUUAAUAUAAGGUAAUUCGGAAAAAGAUAACGCAAAAUACAUACAUACAUAUACAAAAG